AAACAUACUGCUUUUGCUACCUUUCCCAGUGAAAAUGCAGCUGUGAAGGCUUUGUCAAGACUGCAUCAGCUGAAACUUUUAGGUCACACCUUAGUUGUUGAAUUUGCAAAGGAGCAAGAUAGUGUGCAGGUACUUAGCCAGCCUUCUGUCUCAGAGAAGUGUAAAAGUUCAGAAGAACCAGUGAAAGAGGAAGAGAAGAAAGAACCAAGCUGUGUUAAAAUAGAGAAUGGAAUCGCACCCAGCCAUGGCCUCACCUUUCCCAUCAAUUCUUGCCUUAAAUACUUGUAUCCACCACCGUCAAGUACAAUUCUAGCAAAUAUAGCAAAUGCCUUGGCAAGCGUGCCCAAAUUUUAUGUCCAGGUACUUCAUCUUAUGAAUAAAAUGAAUCUUCCUCCACCUUUUGGACCAAUUACUGCUCGACCUCCCAUGUAUGAAGAGUAUUUACCAGUGCCUGUGCCACCUCCCCCAAUCCCACCCUUGCCUCCUGAAGAGCCUCCUUUGCCUGAGGAGGAAGAAGAGCCCAUCUGUAGUGGAGAUGAAUCAGAAUAUGAAAGUGAUAAUGAGGAGGAGAAGGAGAGAAUGAUCAAGUUGAUGGAAUUGGCAACCCUUCAGCCUAAAAGACCAAUAAACACAAAGAGGCGUGGUGUUAGAAAAAAGCAAAGGAUUAAAGACUUACUGAAUGUUCCUGCAUGUGUUCCCCACAGUAAUUCGCACCCUACGCUGUCACCUUCAGAUGUCUUUGAGCAGCCACAGCAUGUAGGUCUUAAAAAAAUUGAGUUCCAUAUUACUACUGACAUCCCAACUGUUCUACAGAUGAACUCAGCCAAGGAAGACAAAAAUGACCUUUGUGCAGCCACAGAAGAAAUCAAUAAUACAGGCUUUGGAAGGAUUUUCCCAGCUCCUAGUUCAAAUGAUAAAAUGGAAACUGAAGAGGAGGAGGAUGAAAUACCAUCAGAAUUUAUUUCUAGAAGGGAACUAGAAAAAAACAGACUUUCUAGAGAAGAAAUGGAAAAAUUUUCUGUUUUCAAAAACUAUGAGCCGGGCGAUCCAAAUUGUAGGAUAUAUGUGAAGAAUUUAGCUAAGCAAGUUCAAGAAAAGGAUCUCAAAUUCAUUUUUGGAAGAUACGUUGACUUCCAGUCAGAAGUGGAGCGGAACAUGUUUGAUAUACGUUUGAUGAAAGAAGGCCGUAUGAAGGGACAAGCUUUCAUUGGACUUCCUAAUGAAAAAGCAGCUGCUAAGGCUUUAAAAGAAGCAAACGGAUAUGUCUUAUUUGAAAAACCCAUGGUGGUUCAAUUUGCUCGUUCAGCUAGACCAAAACAGGAGGCCAGUGAAGGCAAAAGAAAAAAGUAGAAUUUUGC